AUGAUAUCAAAGACAGAAGAUUCGGGUGAUCCUUUGGAUCAAGACUUCGCAGAAGUGGUGAAACAAACGCUCGACAGAUGGCACAUCCCAGGGAUGUCGGUUGCAGUAGUUGACGGGCCCGACACUUGGACUAAGGGGUACGGUUUGGCCCAAUUGCCCAACACCAAUGUCACUCCUGACACGCUAUUCUAUACUGGAAGCACAACCAAAGCUUUUACGGCUGCGGUGCUCUCACUUUUGGUGGAUGACAACAAGAAUUAUCCCCAAGUGCAGUGGAACACACCAGUGAAUCAGUUGCUUCGCGAUGACUUCGUGCUGAGCCACGAAUGGGACACCAACAACAUCACCAUAGAGGAUAUCCUGUCUCACCGGACCGGCAUGCCCCGCCACGAGUUCGCGUUUGGUGGAGAUUAUGACGGGCAUCCAGCCUCACUUCGAGACAUCGUGAGGAGCGUGCGCUACAUGCAGCGCAGCGCCCCUCCAAGGACCACUUAUCAGUACUCUAAUCUAAUGUUCAUCGUGGCGUCCUACCUCAUUGAGACUCUCACCGGCAAAUGGAUCGGCGAUGUCUUCCGUGAGAAGAUAUGGAGGCCUCUCGGAAUGGACUCAACAUAUCUCUCUCUGGAGGAUGCACGGGCAUCCGGGAAAGAGCUUGCCCAGGGAUAUUUGUAUAAUAGUUCCCUUCCUGGGUACGAGCCGGUGCCGCUCAAGAACAAACCGGAAGUGUCUGGCGCUGGGGCGGCUAUAAGCAAUAUCAAGGACUACGCGAAAUGGGCCACUGCGUUGCUGAAACGGGCCCCGGACGUCCUCUCGCCUGCUGGCUACUCGGCCAUCUGGUCGGCAAGAACAGUGACACCGACCCAUGACCCUUUCAUCACACCCUCAGCCUACGCUCUAGCCUGGAACACACAGGUCUACCAAGGGGUGGAAAUCGUGUGGCAUGACGGUGGCAUCGACGGAUUCGGGACUGAGAUCGCACUCAUUCCCUCGCUGGGAUUCGCCGUCGUCACGCAGGCCAAUACCACCUAUUCGUCCAACUAUGCGGGGACUGCAUUGGUAUAUCAUCUCAUUGAUAAAAAGUUGGACGUAGCUCCGGACAAGAGAUUCGAUUGGAAUAAAUGGUACGAGGACUUGGAGCGCCAGAUGAAAGAGGCCGUCAAAAACGCCCGUCAGACAUUCUAUCCAACUGUCCCUUCGCCGGCGCCACCCCCUACAUUGCCCAUUGGAAAAUACACGGGAAACUACUGGCACCCCGCGUACCGCCAAUUGACCAUCCUCUGGGAUGAAGAGAGGAAUCUCCUUUAUGCGGAUCGAAAAGAUUCCACCACGCCUUGCCAGCUGACAUUCAUCCCCGUGAGUAGGGAAUUCUUCCUUGUGAGGCUCACUGUCGUGGGAGCUGAGGCCAUGCUUCCUGCGGAAUUCCGCCUGGGACCGGACGGGACCCCAUCUAUGGUUGGCAUCCUGUGGGAGCCUAGUCUGGGCGAUGAGAAGAUCUGGUUGAAGAAGGAGGGAGACACCCAUUUCAAAGAAAUGUACGGUGGCAUCGUUGACUCCACUGCUGGAAAGAAACGUGUACCUGAUACUAUUCACCCUAUUGACCUUUAA